AUGUUGAAGGCACUUCCCUGGGAUCUUGGGAUUCCUGAAGGGACAUUGAGCGGUCUGGAGAAAUUUGGGAGAAGUCUGAAGGGCUCGAUCCAGCCGAAUGGCACGGUGGGCAUCAUGGGAACCCAGGAAGCCGAGGAGGGAUAUGAUGUGAUUGAGGCCAUCGCCAAAAUGCCCUGGUGCAGUGGCAAUGCGAUCGCUCCCUGGGAGGCAUGCAAUGAUCUGUACUGGGAACAAUUUGUCCGUGGACGCGUCUUUGACGCAGGCUUGUUUGACUUCAUCAUCGACCACAAUAUCCAGGGCCAUGGGGGAAUCGAGGACUUCCAUGAGAUGUAUCGACGAUACUCAACUGCUGAUAGGCUGUACUGGAAGGAUAAACGACCGGUUCUCGGCCAGAUCAGCAUUUCAGCCUAUAUCACGGCCUCUUACGCAAGUUUCGUGCACACCAUGGGAUCUCUGCGAAUUGCCGCUGAGCUGGCAUCCUUCUUUGCCCACUACCUGAACGGUGCCAACAAUGGAUGGGAGCAGACCCCCAGGGUACGGACCACGAUUUUGCGAUUCAAUCAAGACCCGCUAUACAAUGUCGUCGGGGAAGAUUAUCCAAUCUCACGCACCGAGUACCGCAAGAUGGGCUAUGGGGGUUGA